AAAACCGUGUAUAUACAGGAAAAUCCUCUCGAGAAGAAGAUGGAGCGGGUUGCUCUCCUCCUCCUGCUUUCGCUCUUAAUUGGAAUAGGAGAGGGAAGAAAAGACGGCGGUAUCUACGACGUUCUUGGCGUGUCACGUGACGCAAGCCGGAGGGAGAUUCGCUCGGCGUACAAGCGCCUGGCCCGCGUGUGGCAUCCGGACAAGAACAAAUCACCUCAAGCCCAGGAGAAGAUCUUGGAGAUAAACAAGGCCUAUGAAGUACUAUCUGGCGAGGAAUCUCGGAGACGAUAUGACAUGACGGGCGAAACAGACCCCGCCCACUCUGGGUCACAGAGCCACACCCACAACAGCCACGGUUUCACCUUCUUUCAGACCGGCGACGGUUUUUUCCAUUUCGGGGGCUUUGGGCACACCACCCAGCCGCGAGAGGACACCGUAACCACUCACUACUUCGAGAACGUCGUCUUGCCAGAGAGCAGCAGUAGGCUUUGGCUUCUAUACUUCUUUGGAGACUUUUGCUUUCAGUGUGGGGAGGUGUCCAAGAUUUGGGACGAACUGAAAACGGAGCUGGAGUCAAAUGGGAUAGGGAUGGGCAGUGUGCACGGCUCACGGCAGUACGACGUAACCAGUCACUGCAACGUCGAUAGAAUACCAGCGAUAGUGGCCGUGGUGAACAGAAGAGUCUCUCACUAUUAUGGCCGCCUUCAGGCCAGGAAUAUCAGGAGUUUUGUCAAGAAUGCCCUUCCCUCGUGGAUCAUUACUGAGCUUACAGCAGAAGGCGUGGAGGCAUUUAUCACAGAGUCUAUAUCAAGAAAUCGACCGAGACUCAUCCUAUUCUCCCCUCACCCCACACCUUCUCUUCUCUACAAAGCCGUGGCUUUCUCAAACCAACUAGUGGCUGAUUUCGGGUUUGUCGUUACCGACCGACCUUCCGGGAAAGGUCUCGGAGUGCUUCAGAGAUACGGAGUGUCGCAGAGGUCAAAGAAACUACUGGUGUUUAAGGAAUACCCUCACCCUGCAGCAGUAUUGGAGGGUUCUGAAGUGACCGGAGAAGUUCUUCGGUCGUUGAUGAAGGGGCUGAGUCUACAUCUUCCGAGACUGACAUCCGAACAGGCCCUGGACAGCACCUGUGGCAGCAAUGGAAGGUCAUAUAGGCGAUUGGUUGAGCUAAGUUUGCCAACACAGCCAUUUCAUGUAUUUCAUGCAAUUUUCCAGCUCUGUGUUGAGAAUCCUUUACUUUCAAUGUUACUGCUCUUGAGGUUACUACUUCAGUGGGAUAAUGACCGAGUGUGUGUUUUUUGCUGCUUUCCAAAUUGUAGGUUUUGUCUGAUUCUUGUGGUUAAAGGAUCUGAGGCAUACAAUGACACCAUUACCAGUGCCUUCAGGCGACAAGCUAUUCAACUGUCUGCAUCUUCUCAGAGCGGGCCACGUUUUUCUCUGGCCUACAUUGACAGGAGUAGGCAGCGUCAGUUCAUUGAUAGUUUUCCUGGCACCAAUGGAAGCAGAGAAAGCUGUGAGAACGGACAAGAACCACGAGAUGUUAUUUUGCUACGGAGAAAAACCAGUUUCCACUCCUCGUAUAACUGGUUUAGCGGCUACUGUGGCUCCAACGUCGACUUUGACAACCUUCUCGACUUUGCCGGACUGACCAGCUUCAAGACCACCACAAAACUGGCUCCAAACCUGCUGGACGAGUUUGCUCCUGGUAUUCUGAUGAGAAUGUGGGAGAGGAUUACUGAGAUUUACUACCAGGGUUAUGAUUCAGCCACUGCCAAUUCUCAAGUGUUGAGUUUGCUGACAAUGACUGUCGUCAUGGCUAGCCUGUUGUGCUGUGCUAGCGUCAUGGGGAGCCAGUCAAAUCACAGAGGAAACUAGGAGAAGGCAUCGACCAGGGAAGAAGCAUGCAAGCGUCAGAGACACUAGUGACCCAUGUCCACUAGCUAUCCCUCCUCUCACUGCUCAGCUAUACAAACAACACAUGAAGAUGCUCACAAGGGAUCGGUGUCGAUACUGAUACUCCUCGAUUCAGUGACAAAGGACCACAAUCUUGCCGUGCCUGACAUAUUCAAGAGACAUAAACGACAGCGCGUGUUUUUAUUUUGGGGAGCUUUGGAAAACUGUAGCUGUUGGCUCACGAAAUUGCUAGAGGCGAGCAGUAUGAACCCGGAAGAAGUCGAGACGAGAAUGAGAUUCUAUUAUUCUGAGAGUGAGCGAGGAAGAGCUUGCAUUUUGGCUCUUUUUGGAGCUAAGAGGAAAUUUGCGAUAUUCCCAGAUCAAAGAGUUCUUACAGCAGCAGUGACAAAAGGAACUGUUCAGAGAAUGCAGCUACUGAAAACGGUGAAUCUUUGGCAAAUGGAGGUACGAAAGAGGAAAACAGUGGAGUGAUGGUGACAGUAAUGGGGAGUGUUGGAUUUGAAGAAGAUGUCCCCUGGCCACGGAGAAGAAGAGGGAGAGGAGGGAGAGAUAGAGAGGGGAGUUAGGGUGUGGAUGGAGCGACUGGAGGAUGGAUCUCUCAAACGAUACUCAACUGAUAGCUGGCCCUCGUGGCAGUAGUGCAGCUAUAACUGAAUCACAAUACCUGCAAUACCCGUGGUCUUAACAUCAGCAUUUUUUUACUCUCCAUCAUAAUAAUACAUUGUUAUGCAUAAUACACCUAACCACCUGGACAUGGCUUCAGAAGACUAAUGAAUGCGAAUUCGAACACAAGCAAAUCCGAUAUUUUAUGCAUU